UAUUUUUACGUAUUAUUUAUUACGUGUUGUUUACUCCAAUAUUAAUUUAGUUACUUUGCCAAACAACCUUGAUUACCUUGGUACUGCAAGUAAGGCUCCAUCUAUUAUCAAAAUUAUCUGUUCUGAAGUGGGAGAUAACCUAAUCAACAAGUUGUCAAAAUUAAUAAGAAAGGAAAAGCGCAUCUAUUGAAAAGAGAUAAGAUUGAAAAUACACAUGUAUUUGUAUUUACCUAUUAGUGAUAACGACAACUUCUAGAUAAAGCUAUUAAAAGGUAGAUGAUAGAAAACAAAGUUUUUGUCAAGAUAUUUAGUAAAUUGUGAAAUUGUUUGUAAGGUUGCCAAAGCUAUUUCAUUAGCAGCUAAUUAAUUAAAUACCUAAGUAGCAAGAAUUGACAAAUGGUGCUGUCCAGGAAAUACGUUGUACAAACUCCUUUCGUAGGAGAACCUAAAAAAAGUAAUUUCAAAAUUGUAGAAGAGGAUCUUCCUGCAGUUGAGGAAAAUGAAUUUCUUGCUGAAGCAGCAUUCAUCAGCGUGGAUCCAUACCAACGAAUGAAACUUGGAGCAACAUUUCCUUGUGAUAUGAUUGGUGGUCAAGUGGCUAAGGUGAUUGAAAGCAGAAAUUCCGAGUAUCCAGUAGGAUCAUGGGUCAUGGGGCACUUCGGAUGGAGAACCCAUACGAUUACAAAGCCCGAAAAUGAGAAGUUCUGUGGCCAAAAACCAUACCUUUACAAACUACCUGAUUUCGGAGAUCUACCAGUGUCGUUAGCGCUCGGUGUUUGUGGCAGAGUUGGAAAUACUGCCUACUUCGGUUUCACAGAGAUCUGUCAGCCUAAAGCUGGAGAAACAGUGGUGGUCUCAGGUGCAGCGGGAGCAGUCGGCUCACAUGUUGGACAAAUUGCCAAGAUUCUAGGAUGUAGAGUUAUUGGAUUCGCCGGCAGUGAUGAUAAGUGCGAAUGGCUAGUCAAAGAACUAGGAUUCGACUACGCAGGCAACUAUAAAACAACCAAUCUAGCAGAAUUUCUAAAAGAGGCUGCUCCAAAAGGUGUUGAUUGUUACUUCGACAAUGUUGGCGGAGAAAUUAGUAGCACUGUCAUGUCGCAAAUGAAUAACUACGGCAGGAUUGCAGUCUGUGGCGCUAUUUCGGGCUAUAAUGAAACCGAUCCCGAAAAACGAAAAGCAACCAUGGUUCAAGGGUAUAUUGUUGGAAAACAACUUAAAAUAGAAGGAUUCCAAGUGAACAGAUUUGCCGAACGCACAAUCGAUGGUAUAAAUCAAAACUUAAAGUGGGUACGAGAAGGAAAACUUAAAUACAAAGAACAUAUUUACGAGGGAUUUGAAUCAGCAGACGAAGCUUUCAUUGGUUUGUUCAGAGGGGACAACAUUGGAAAAAGUUUAGUCAAAGUGAAAUAAUGUUAAAAUCAAGUAAUUAUUAUAAAUAUGUAAUUAAAGUAUUUCAAUGUCAUAUUA